CAAAACCCCAGACACUAACACUGGAAGUGACCCAGGGGCUGGCCGCCAUUUUAGCGGAGACCACAAACCCCUCACCGACAGCAGCCCACCUGGGGCUCCAACAACAUGGCAGCGGGUCCAAGCGUCACGACUUCCGGCUCCGUCACUUCCGGCGUGUUAGGGAGAGCCUGUCAUCUCUGUGCGCCGCGCACGUUUCCCAGCGAGUGUUCGCCGCUCUCCCGCCCGCUGUUAUUGUGGAGCAACAUGGCUGCCUUCCUGAGCAGCUUCUCCCCGCCAGCAGAGGGGGUCCGGCGGCUGCAGCCAGAGACUGAGGCCAUAGUGGGCGGCAAGAGCCUGGGCCCCGGGACCCUGUACAUAGCGGAGAGGUAAUAUCCCCCCCAUGGCAAUGCAGAGAGCAUGCUGGGUAAUGUAUCAUAUUACUGGCAUUAAUAGAGCGCCAACAAAUACCGCAGCGCUGUACAUAGCGGAGAGGUAAUAUCCCCCCUCUAUCAUAGGGCACCAACAAAUACCGCAGCGCUGUACAUAGCGGAGAGGUAAUAUCCCCCCCUCUAUCAUAGGGCACCAACAAAUACCGCAGCGCUGUACAUAGCGGAGAGGUAAUAUCCCCCUCUGGGGGCCCCCAUGGCAAUACAGAGAGCAUGCUGGGUAAUGUAUCAUAUUACUGGCAUUAAUAGAGCGCCAACAAAUACCGCAGCGCUGUACAUAGCGGAGAGGUAAUAUCCCCCCUCUAUCAUAGGACGCCAACAAAUACCGCAGCGCUGUACAUAGCGGAGAGGUAAUAUCCCCCCUCUAUCCCAGGGCGCCAACAAAUACCGCAGCGCUGUACAUAGUGGAGAGGUAAUAUCCCCCCCCCAUGGCAAUGCAGAGAGCAUGCUGGGUAAUGUAUCAUAUUACUGGCAUUAAUAGAGCGCCAACAAAUACCGCAGCGCUGUACAUAGCGGAGAGGUAAUAUCCCCCCUCUAUCAUAGGACGCCAACAAAUACCGCAGCGCUGUACAUAGCGGAGAGGUAAUAUCCCCCCAUCAUAGGGCACCAACAACACCGCAGCCUGUACAUAAAGGAGGUAAUAUCCUCUGGGGCCCCCCAUGGAAAUACAGAGAGCAUGCUGGGUAAUGUAUCAUAUUACUGGCAUUAAUAGAGCGCCAACAAAUACCGCAGCGCUGUACAUAGCGGAGAGGUAAUAUCCCCCCUCUAUCAUAGGACGCCAACAAAUACCGCAGCGCUGUACAUAGCGGAGAGGUAAUAUCCCCCCUCUAUCCCAGGGCGCCAACAAAUACCGCAGCGCUGUACAUAGUGGAGAGGUAAUAUCCCCCCCCCAUGGCAAUGCAGAGAGCAUGCUGGGUAAUGUAUCAUAUUACUGGCAUUAAUAGAGCGCCAACAAAUACCGCAGCGCUGUACAUAGCGGAGAGGUAAUAUCCCCCCUCUAUCAUAUGGCACCAACAAAUACCGCAGCGCUGUACAUAGCGGAGAGGUAAUAUCCCCCCUCUAUCAUAGAGCGCCAACAAAUACCGCAGCGCUGUACAAAGCGGAGAGGUAAUAUCCCCCCUCUAUCAUAUGGCACCAACAAAUACCGCAGCGCUGUACAUAGCGGAGAGGUAAUAUCCCCCCUCUAUCAUAGAGCGCCAACAAAUACCGCAGCGCUGUACAUAGCAGAGAGGUAAUAUCCUCCCUCUGAGGGCCCCCAUGGCAAUGCAGGGAGCAUGCUGGGUAAUGUUUCAUAUUACUGGCAUUAAUAGAGCGCCAACAAAUACCGCAGCUCUGUACAUAGCGGAGUGGUAAUAUCCCCCCUCUAUCAUAGGUCGCCAACAAAUACCGCAGCGCUGUACAUAGCGGAGAGGUAAUAUCCCCCCUCUAUCCCAGGGGCCCCCAUGGCAAUGCAGGGAGCAUGCUGGGUAAUGUUUCAUAUUACUGGCAUUAAUAGAGCGCCAACAAAUACCGCAGCGCUGUACAUAGCGGAGAGGUAAUAUCCCCCCUCUGGGGGCCCACAUGGCAAUACAGAGAGCAUGCUGGGUAAUGUAUCAUAUUACUGGCAUUAAUAGGGCGCCAACAAAUACCGCAGCGCUGUACAUAGCGGAGAGGUAAUAUCCCCCCUCUAUCGUAGAGCGCCAAUGUGGCAAAACUAGCCACUGGAGACUAUUAAUGUAUAAGUAUGUUUGUAUUCUUGCUAAAGCUGUAGAGACAAGUUUAGGAUUGUACUUGCAUUUCAGGCGAAUGAGGGCAUUCGUAUGCUGGCGGUAUGAAAACCACAGCAUUCAUACUGUAGUUUCACGAACAGUGAGUUUCAACACUGUUCGUGAAACGAAUAACUUACCGAAUGGAUGACCACACACAGGAGGUCGUGUGGCGCCCAUUACCCGAUUGCAACAUUGUUGCAAUCGGUAAUUAAGUGUGUUCCUAGGUGGCCGUCGUUCGACUACCGACCACGCGGCGGUCGGCCAUCUUGUUUCCUUUGUUAGCCCAGCGGGGUUUGGUCGUCGAGCGCCUGAAACCAAAAUCGGCUACUCGACGGCGCGAACCCCGCUGGACUUCCAGGCCGUUCGGGAGCCCCGGCCGUUCGGUAGGUUGUUUCCCUGAUGUCAAUCGGUACUUUGAGCAGAACUUGAAUUUAAUGUUUCGUGCAGCGUUCGGUUAGUUAGACUGGGAUCUGAGCGGUAUUCUCACGAACUGUGCGCUCAGACCCCAGCUAUCUACCGAACGUCCAUUCGUUUAAAUGAAGGUAAUAUUAUGGUGCAGAGUGCUGGUUCUGGUAAGAGACCCCAGAUUCACCCUGUUUUACUGGGCGCACAGAACUGCUUUGUGUGGCUGGCCUUAUAUGCUUUCUAGCCUCUCAAUGCUUUCGGAAAGCAUUGGAUUGGCAGAGAUUAUCAACACUGAUAAACUCAGCCAAAGAGGCAAAGCUUCAGUCAGGAGAUCAGUGCAGCGAGAGGGAAAAAAAAGGGCAAAUAAAUCAGCCUUUUUUAACCCUGGCAACACAGGCCACCUAAAUGGUGACUUGGGCACAAGAGCAUUAUGAACGCAUAUGUGUGUUCCUAAAGCUGUGAUGUUUCUUUAAUCCUGCUUUGCAUUCAAUUCCUGGAUUAGUGAGUGAGGGGUGAAGUCAAGUUACAUUAAAUAGUGUACUUUUUUAUAAUUGUCUGAAAGGAAAGGGGGAAAAAACAAAAACGGCGACAGCAUAUUAAAAAGACUAUAUAUACAUCCUUUUAAUUUAAGUGUAUUGUAUUUCAGUCGUCUGGCAUGGCUAAAUGGCUCAGGACUUGGCUUUUUUUUGGAAUAUCCUUCAAUCAGUCUGCAUGCCAUUUCAAGAGACACCAGUGCUUACCCAGAAGAACAUCUCUAUGUCAUGGUGAACUCCAAACUAGGAGGUUUGAAAUAUUCUUUAAUUUGCACUUCUGUGAAGCUUUACGAAUGUGUUACUAACUGUAAAAACCAUUGUUUAAUCCUUUUGCUUUCAGACUUAAUUUAGUUACUUAAAGAUAAACUCUAGGCUGUGCUUGAUAUUUGUUAAUUUUUUAUAUGGGUGAAAACGAAAAAAAAUUAAAUACUCACAUUUAAACUUCCUGCUCUAGCUACAUGCUGUACAGCAUCUUCAGUGGGCUCUCAUCAAAUUAGUUAUUGCUGCUCGAUUUAAGGAACCCUCUGGGCACUAUAUCAACUUCAUAAAAAUGUAGUUAUGGUGCCAGGAUGUCCCUGGAGCUUUCAUACCACUAGGGACCCAACCCCCAAAUUUUGGGCUCCAGCAGAAUGUCAGAGAGCGGAAGGACAGGGGGCAGAGCUAUCUGCUGCUGGAGCACAGAUUUUGGGGUUUAACCACUCUUAAACGGGUUUAACCCCAAUUUGGUAGCAAAGUGCCAGGGACCUCCUGGAACCAUAACUUAAUUUCAGUUAAGUUGUUAUAGUGCCAGGAGUGUUCCUUUAACAUUCUAAAGGAGAGGCCACUGAGUUGGUUCAACUUAACAGUAUAUUUAUUUUGUGUUAAGACAGAAAUUAAGUGUAUACUGUAAGUCACCAUCAGAACAGAGGUGACUCAAUUUUGUAUCACAAUGCAAAGAGAGACACAAUUUAUUUUUCUCUCUGCACUCUAGUCACUGAGCUAAGGAAUGCAACUAAUUUUAACAUUGGCAGAGAUAAGAAAUGAUGUCUGCAGCAAAGGGGGUUGAAUGUAACAACCUAGAGAUAGAUAGAAAAUAUUAACAUAAAUUAACAUAUUAACAUAACAAAUUAUUAACAUAGUACUAUUUAUAUAUGAUUAAUAUAAUAGUAUGUUAAUAAUAUAGAAUAUUCAUGGAUACACUCAGACUCAGAUACUCACACUCUCAGGAUGUACUCUCAUCUGACAUCUGGAGCCAAAGCUGGACACACCUAAUUCUUUGUAUCUUUUCCAACUAACACUUAACUUUGAAAUUCUUUAUAAUUCAGAACUCUGAAAACUUUCUAAAUUUACCACAAUUCUCAUCUUGCAUUCAAAAAUUCCUAGAACAUAUAUACAAAUCUGAUAGAAACUCUACAACAUAACUGAUUUUAUUCAGCCAGUCCAUAGGCAAGCAUUCUCAAUGAGACAGCUACUAGAUUUAUAAACAUAGCCGUUUCUCUGAAAAAAAUAAUAAUAUAUACAUACAUACAUACACACACACACACACACACACACACACACACACUAUCCACAUAUAACUUACUAUUAUAUUAUAAACAUAAUUUUCUCUGAAACUAUGUUUAUAUAAAAAAAAGGGUUAACCCUAGAUGGACCUGGCACCCAGACCACUGCAUUAAGCUGAAGUGGUCUGGGUGCCUAUAGUGGUCCUUUAAGGAAUUUUGUAGCAAUCUGAUUUCAAAGUGAAGUGUCCUAAAUCUUUUUGAAAACUGCAUACAUGUAGAUACAUGUAUAACUAUUGCUAUUUAGUUGUCUGUAAACUGUGUUAAACUACUGCCAUAUUGUAUAUUUCUUAUAACUAAAUAUUCAAUGAUUAUUGUCACGCAUGUUACAUAUUAUUAUUAUUAUUAUUAUUAUUGUCUCAAUAAAUUAUAUUUUUAUAAUUUGUGAUUACUGUGUGAAAUAAAAUCCUCUAAUGAAAAGUAUUCCAGGAUCUAUGAGAAUUAAAAAUAGUGGGUAAUUCUCAGCUUUAAUUUAACAUAAUCAGGGAAGCAGUGCCAAUAUAUAAAUUUUUCAUAUAAUAAAAAUUAAAUUAAUUUCUAAUUUUUAUGAAAAUAUUCUUUUUAAUAUUUAUCACCCCAUAAAUAUGGGAAGACUAAUGCGCAUGCAAUGAUUUACAUUGUAGGACUAAGGGGAACAAGGACACUGCACACAGACCACUACAAUGAGCUGAAGUGGCUAUAGUGUCCUUUUAAACAAUUUGUUCAUUUAUGUUGCCACAGUUUAGUGCUUUGAUCCCUUCUAGGCACAUUUGCCUGCAUUCAUAGCCUCUAAUUGAAUGUUUGUUAUUGCUUUAGAUAAUGAAUUGAAAGAGUCAACUAUGGAUGAAGAGGAGGAAGAGAGUGAUGACGAUGAGGAGCCAAUCACAGAAAUACGUUUUAUUCCUGGUGAAAAAUCUGAUUGUACGUUUAUUUUUUCACAAUUAUAAAAUGUAUUAAUUUUCCUCAGUUUGCCUUUUAAACACCGUAUAUUAUUUUUUGCUUUGAUGCAAUCCAUCUCUGCUGCAGUGCCUGUAUUAUAUUUUUGACAAAAGACUGGAAUAACUCUUAACAGGCAGUGUUUCUGUAUGUAAACAUUGCUAUCACUGUAACUACCUAAUAUGUAUUGGAAGAUGCUGGUACAGGUGACUGAAUGAAGUGGACCAACAUUUUAUAGCUCAGUGGGUUGUUCCAUUAGUUUACAUGUCUUUUCUUUCCUUGCCCUUUCUUCUUUAGUAGGAGAGAUGUUUUCUGCUAUGUGCGACUGUCAAGCUCUCCAUCCUGACCCCGAAGAUGAAGAUUCUGAUGAUGAUUUUGAAGGAGAAGAAUAUGAUGUUGAAGCUCAUGGUGAGUCACAAAUCUUUUUUUCUCUCCUUGUCUAACGAUAAGUAAAUUCUUUAGAGCUAUAUCAAGUGAUGGGUGUGUGGGUUGAAUUCUCUAAAGCAUGUCUGUGAAUUAAUCACAUUGACUAUUGCUGCAAUAUAAUUAACUUUCCAAUUGAUUGAUCUACAGAUAUCACCAUUCAAGUCUAUGGGAAUAUUUGCACAUGACUCCUUUCUUAAGUUUUUCCAACAUUGUUGAAUUUUAAGAUUCCAAUAAGAUCAGAGGAAAUCAUAAGAGAGAAAAUGACUACUUUGUCUAAUGCAUUUUUGGCGAAAGGUGGAGCAACCACCAUCACAUUUGGUCAAUUCUCCCAGUUGACACUAGUAACUGCUUUGAAGAAAAAGGCAUCCUCCAUUGACAUUAUUGUUGUACUCUUGCACAUACUUCCAACCGUGGCACACUCGCAGUACACAGAGACUGAUAAUUAACCAUGCUAGGGGUUAACACUGAGAAGAAGUGUAAAGAAAAGUCCAGGCACAUGGGUUUCUAGUAGGUGCAGGUAUUAAAGCCUGUCAUUGAGACACGAACAUCUAAGGAAGCUAGUGUUUUGUUUAUUAUUUAUGUUUUUUUUUUUUUUUUUUGUUCUCUUAAAUACAGUUUAUGGUGUAAUCCAAAGCGGUUAUAUUUUUAAUGUACAUUACAGGUUUUAAGGAAUGCAUUUGUAUUUACAUAUGCAUAUUAUUUUUUUGCAGAGCAAGGACAGGUUGAUAUCCCCACAUUUUAUACUUAUGAAGAAGGCUUGUCACACCUCACUACAGAAGGUCAAGCUACUCUCGAGCGGUUAGAAAAUAUGCUGGCUAAUUCCAUUGGCGGUCAGCACAUGAUGGCCGGAGUCCGGACUGAAGGGACUGCAGCAGAGUUUGAAGGUGAGGCACUGGCAGAGUUUUAAUUUGUAAAGUUAUAGAGAUGUAAUUUUCAGGUUCGAUAAGUGUUGUUUUACAUAAAAUGAAGCUUGGUUAGAAGUGGGGCAAAAAUUUGUUGCAAAUCACAAUCAAUUGGGGUGGAAAAAUUACUCUUUUAGAUAUAAUCUUCUAAUGCUAACACUUUAAUUCCCUUUACAACAUAUAAAAAAAAUGCAUACAGAAAUCACCUACAUACACCAGAGGGCGCCAGACACCAGUGGAUUAAUCAUAAAACUUACCAACUGGGAAUAAUUACCAAUGGCAUAUAAACAGUUUAUUUCCAAGUUCUAAAAUCUCAAACAAGGGAAUAAAAAAAGACAAAGGCAUGAUAGUAUAGUACAAUUUAUUAAUUCCCCUUAUCUCUCCAUUAAUCCUACCAAAAUCAAAUUUUAGCCACACACCAUUUAUCUCAUGGCCAAUGUCUCACACUUUGAGACUUGCGAAUGAACUGUUUUUGGAGUAAAAACUUGGAAUCACACACUUGUUGGCAAAAUAAUACAUUUAGUCGGGAAUGCUUAAGCCUUAGACUGGGUGUUGCUGAUAGGCUCAGGGAGUCCCGAAUGCUCUCAGCUCAUUUCUAGCUCUCCCUUCAGAAAACAGAGUAAAAAUGAUAUGUACUUUUUUCAUUCAGUUUUCUUAAUGGAUAAGAUAUUUUAGUUUUAAAUAAUUUUGCAGGCUGUGAGGGGGCUCAAUAGGAACAUGAACAAUGUAGCGUUACAAAUAUGUAUUCCUAAUGCUACAGUAUUUCUUUAAGGCAGGCCUGCACAAGUUAGUCAGUGGGCUGCUUGCACCCCACGGAACCUCCUUGACAAAUUAUUUAAUGAAUCCUUACUUUGGCAGUACUGUGAGAAUGGAAACCAUGCUUUCCCUUCAGUGAGACAUGCUUAUAAAUUAUGCAUGCUGCAGGGCAGCAAUGAUUUCCCCGUGGAUCAUAUACAUUUUUUUUGUAUUUGCAAAGAAAAGUAUAAGAUCUGGUUACAUAAAUAGAAGAUAUUUGUAGUUUUUUGCUGCUAUUGUCCUCUGUUUGAACAGCCUGGGCUUGUUUAAUGUUGUUUUGUUUCUCUGCAGAUGGAAUGGAUGUGGAAGCUGUUCCAGCAGUGGCAGGACAGUUUGAGGACGCAGAUGUUGACCACUGAUUGAAGGCUGGAAACCUGUGAGUUUUUAUUUAAACCUGUUGCAUGUCUCUUUGCGUACAGUGGAUUAGAGUAAUUACAAAAUCUGUGCUGUUUGUGUGUCUGUGUAAAAUCAUUGACAGGUUAUAUUUAGUAGAGGGGAAGUGCCGCUAUACAAUGUGGAGAACUGAGAUUGUUUUUUGUUAAACACUUAUUAAAUACUAAAAACCAAAGAAAAACAAGUUACCUGUGCUCUCUCCUUAAUCCCUAUGUAUUUUUAAACAAAUUGAGGUUUUUAGUUACCUCCAAUGGCCAUGAGAGGGUAAGCCCACCUGCCAACGUCAAGGCAGACCCCCCCUAAAUGGGUCCUAACUCUAACCAUUCACCUUGAGCUUCUAGCAAAGACAUCUCUAAUUAAACAGAAGUGGGUAUUUUUUAUAAACACCCCUAUACAUUUAUUAACCCUUAAUAGGGAACACAUAGGAUGGGCAGCAGCAUUGUAACAAAGCUGUGUGAUACAAAAUAAAUACAAAUACAAAAAGAGAAGUCCUGCGCUCACUCCCAUCACUACUGGGCGGCAGCAAUGACUACAGUACACAUCAGCCCCAAUGUAUAGUAAAAACCAAACCAAAUACCCCCUUCUGUCUCAUUAGAGAUGUCUUUGCCAGAAGCUCAAGGAAGCAAGGUGAAUUGUUAGUCAGGACCCACCUAGGGGGGGGUCUGCCUUGACGUUGAUAGGUGGGCUUACCCUCUCAUGGCCAUUGGAGGUAACUAAAAACCUCCAUUUGUUUAAAAAUACAUAGGGAUUAAGGAGAGAGCGCAGGUAACUUGUUUUUCUUUAGUUUUUACUAUAUAUUGGGGCUGAUGUGUACUGUAGUCAUUGCUGCUGCCAAGUAGUGAUGGGAGUGAGCGCAGGACUUAUCUUUUUGCAUUUGUAUCCCCUUAUUAAAUACUGAUUGCAAAGCGUUCCCUCUAAUUUAUAGCAGGAUCAUAUGUGGCAAACGCUUUUCGGUACUUAAGAGGAAUUAGAAAAGCUCCACCAUCUGUACUCCUGAAACCUUGAUCUUCCAUGAGUGGGAAUGUGUAGCAUAUGUUCAUGACACCAUGAGCUCUCGUCUGUAGGAGUAGUUGGUGUACAUGCCUGAUACCUAAUCUCUCAUAUUUAGGGCAACAUUCUAUGGGGGGCUAAGCAGCAAGCUCUCGUUGGGGGCAGGAGGUCCUUAAAUCUUCUCCCUGACAGAAUGUUUAGUAUGUAACAUAAUCUAGAGAAUAGUGUGACAUGAGUGCUAAAUUUAAGGUGUGACUGACGUUGGCUGCUGAAAAUGUGUCUAUACCUUCACAUGUGUGUUCCUCUGAUUACAACGUUUGUGCGACUGCACCUAGAACUGAAAGCUAUGGCUCCACUUGGUGACUCAUUCACUAAUCUGGAAAAUUUAGGCCAAAAUAGCUAACCAGGAAACAUAGAUAUGAUGAUGGAUGUUUCCAACCUGACUGUCUUCACAUAUUUCCAUAAUUCCCAUUUUAGUGAAUGAACCUUUCAUUUGGCUAUAACAUAGAUUGCCAUAUGUUUUUUUUCUUCUAGUUGAAAUGUUUGACUGUAGAAUCAAGGGUUCUCCUACACUCCCUCUACAAACAAGGUUCUUAACUGGACCUGAGGCUGGCUAGACCAUGGUCAAUAGUAAAACAAGAUGGUCCUGUCACUCAAGGUGUUUAACAAGGCAGUUUUAGUAAAGAACAACGUUUCAACCUCUACUGAGGUCUUUAUCAAGCUUGAUAAAAGAUCUCUGUAGAGGUCAAAACGCUGCUGUGUUCUUCAGUAAAACUGCCUUGUUACACACAUUCAGUGCCUGGAUCAUUCUUCUAAGAUGUUAUUAAACUGACUUUUGCAGUUUGAAUUUUAAUGAGCUGCAGGUUCGUUGUAGUGAAUAAUAACUUCAUUACAAAGGCAAAUUUUUUUAAACCAUUGUCACUAUUUUGUGCAUUUUUUUUUCUGUUUUGCAUUUAUACUUGAUGCAGACUUUAUGCGUAGUGAGAAUUCUAUGUAUUUUUGUGUAAUCGUUCCAUAAGAGACAUUAAUUUUUCUUCUUUAUUUUCUUCUUCCAGGCUCUGCAGUUUAUACACCGUUGGAGUGGGCAAUGCUGUGACCAUUUUAGUUAAUAAUAAAUUGUGUACUAUCUGGCACAAGUCCUUAUUUUCCUUAAAACUGCUUUAAAAAAAAAUUCAGUCUAGUCAUUCCAUGAAUACGUAGUUUGUGACAAUCUCUACAGCAGCUCUUGUAGACCGAUAACUGUUACAGCUCAAACUUGGGAAGAAUUUGCCAUUAACUCGCAAUUUAGAAGUGCUGGAGCUGACCCCUUCUUUCCUUUCUUUUUCUACAAACCUGCUAACAUCCUUCUCUAUUGGAGAAAAGCAUCUCAAUAGCCAUUCUAGAUUGUUCUAGAAUAUGUAGUUAUGUAGUAACCUUGCUAAUGUUUAGCUGUUAAAAAUUUGAUUUAAGUGAAAUAAUAAAAUGUCCACAUUCGCUUGCAUUGAGCUCUUAGACAGGUUUUUGUUCUGUAUUUAAAGGAAUUGUGUCACCAAAACUAAAAUUACAUAAAGGAUUAUUCAAUAAAGUGUGUGUUCGGAAUUCAAAAUUAAUUCCAAGUGAAUCUCACGAUUUUAAAAGCCAAAAUAGCAGAAUUCCAUAAGUUGGUUUUGUUUUGGUUGUGUUUUUUUUUUGCAUAAUCUCCAAGUGGGCUAUGUUUUCAUUUGGCAAAAAAAAUAUAAACUUCAUUAUGAUAUCACAGUUUAAUGAAUAAGUGCUGUUUUGUAGAAACAGAAUAUCUAGAUUUUGGCAAUGGACAAUGAUGGAUAACCUUUCUCCCACAGCUAUUAUGGAGUACGGUCCAUCUAACCAGUUUAGGGAACUAGUUCUAGAAUGCCCAUAGGCAAGCAGUCACUGGGAUUGGAUUAGGAUUAUAACAUUGCAGCCCUGCCUUGUCAAGGAAACUCUCUCCAAUGCCCGUGUGCCAAGGCGGUUUAUUGAAUUUCUAGAUAUUUUAUUUUCUUGAUCUGAGUAUUUUGUUAGCUGAUCUGUAUCACAAAUGGCCCUCGAUUUAAUAAGUUUUCCAAAUGAUUGAAUACUGUCCCCAUAAAUUACUGUAAAAGUAAAUGGUGUCUUUUGUGGAUAGAUGUUUUGGGACUUAAGGAAAGUUUUCCCAACCGUAUUGAAUCAUUUGGAAAGUGUGUUAAAUCGAGGCCAGAGUUCUUUAGUUUUGGAAAUGAAUACGUAAUACGAUGUGACAGGUUCACUUUAACUACAUAAGCCUGUAUAAAAUAACAAAAGCACUUGAAGAUAACGUGACCGUGUUUGUUAUACUACAAUUGACAAAUAAAACCUAGGUUUUUGUAUUGAAAUGUGUAAUGUUUGUUUUUAUUAUAUGCUGUAAGGAAAAAAAACUUGAAAAAUCAACUUUUCUUUUAUGUUCUUUUUGCUGCCCUCAAAUACCAGCACAAGCUGAAUGUGCCUCUGUGCAGGUCAAAAUAUUGCUCUUUGUUCCAAUAAAUUUUCUUUGUGCAAUA